CGUUAGUUUCUCAGUGCUGAAGGGAGAAGAGAGAAGAGAACAGAUGAGUCGGGUUUAGAGGGACGCGAUGUAGAGAGACAGCUGAACAGACGGGUGAAGAGGUAAGAGGAUCAUCAUGUCCUUCAGUGUGAAUCUGAGGAGGCUCUCCAACCUGCCGGGACGAUCUGACAGAAAAGUGGGACUCUCCAUCAGAGGUUUCACCCAUAAGACCAGAGUCCUGCAGUGUGAGGACGUGGCCGUCUUCAACGAGUAUUUCCGUUGGCCUUACUACGGUAAAGUGGCCAGAGAUGAAGUUUUGUCCAUCAGUGUUUACAACUGCAGUAAAGUCUUCUCCAACAGACUGCUCGGUAAACUUGUUGUCAGUCUCCAGCAUGUUGUUACCUCGGGGAGGCUGUUGCUAAGGGAACCACUCACUGAUGCCAACUACAGCCCGACUGAUAUCUAUAUAGAGCUGGACAUUCGUUACCAUCCAGUUGAGGGAACUGCAGGAAGCUGGGAGGGAAUCGACUUCCUGAGGGUUGAAGACAGUGAUGAAUCGGCUCUGGUCAUCAGGAAUGAAGGAUUUAAUGACCCUGACAGUCAGAAGACUGUCGCUCGCCCAGAUCAGCUGGAGAGAGAGGCUCGUCGUCUGGGGCGAAGCCUGGUCGGGACUGGGGAUGAAGACGACGAUGACGACGAUGACGAUUAUGACGAUGACCUGAUGGACAUGGAGACUUCCAACAUUGUCUUCACUACCCUGCUGAGUCGUUGCAGGCCACUGUCCAGAAGUGUUGUCGCAGGGACGCCCAGAGUCCAUAGCUUCCAGGUGAAUGUGAACAUCCUGGAGGCUCAGAAGCUGGUUGGAGUGAACAUCAGUCCUGCAGUUUUCAUCAGAGUGGGAGAUCAGAAAAGACACACAGCGACACAGAAAUCUACCAACUGCCCCUUCUACAAUGAGAACUUCCAGUUUGAGUUUCAGGAGGCUCCACAGAUCCUCUUUGAUAAAGUCAUAGAGAUAAAGGUGGUCCACAGGCGGACUCUGGCCUUCCUGAUGACCCACAUUGGAACCUUUAAGAUUGACAUCUCCACCGUGUACAACCAGCCAGACCACCGCUUCUACCAGAAGUGGGCUCCUCUCACUGACCCGGCAGACACCAGGUCAGGGAUCAAGGGUUACGUUAAGGCGAGCCUCAGUGUGCUGAUGAAGGGAGACGCUCUGAACAUGCCCAGUCUGCCACCGUCCUCCACGUCUGGAGCCAAUGAGGACAUAGAAAAGAACCUGCUGCUUCCUCGUGGUAUGGCUUCUGAGCGUCCAUGGGCACGGUUUCGUGUCCGGAUCUACAGGGCCGAAGGUCUACCCACCAUGGAGGCGGGUCUAAUGGCCAAGAUGUCGGUCACUGACCGGACAGUCUUCAUUGACCCCUAUGUACAAGUGACCUUUGCAGGACAACAGGGGGAGACGUCAGUCGCCAGCGCCACCAGCUGUCCAGUUUGGAAUGAGGAGAUCUCCUUUAUUGAGCAGUUUCCUCCUCUGGCUCAGCGAAUCAGAGUCCAGAUCCUUGAUGAUGCCAAGAUGGGAGACAUCGCCCUGGCAACGCACUUCCUGGACCUGCAGCAGAUUUCUGACCCGACCAGAAACGGGUUUAACCCCACCUUUGGUCCAUGUUGGGUCAACUUGUACGGUUCUCCGCAGAACUCCACCCUUGGAGACGUGCACCAGGCUUUGAACCAGGGUCUGGGUGAAGGAAUUUUUUAUCGCGGUCGAAUUCUCCUAGCCCUCUCCGUGGAGGUUUACGCCACCCCCUCCGCAGUCACCGCAGAUACAGGCUCAGUCGCCGUGGGAAAGGUGAAAGGAGCGCUGGGGAAGCUGGGACUGAGGAAGAAAAGGAGAAGCAAGAAGGAGAAGAAGGAAGCAUCUGUGGCUUCCAGUGGAUUUGUCGAUGAGUCAGGAGAGGUGGGAAUUGAGGUACCAGAGGCUGUUACCGUGGAGAAUGAGGAGAUCCAUCCGCUCCCUGAUGGUUUCCUGGGGGAGAGGGAGGAGUUUCUGCUGUUCGCGUCUCUGUUUGAAGUCACUAUGAUAGACCCGUCAGUAGGAACCAGACCACUGACCUUUGAACUCUCCAUGGGGAAUUAUGGGAAGGCAGUGGGGGUUGGGAAAUCCAAGAAGAGCCAGAGCAGGGAGGAGCUAAGAAGGAGCAGGGAGGAGCUGAGGAGGAGCAGGGAGGAUCUGAAUGAGGAGGUGCAGGGUCUGUUGGAGUCAGAGGAGGAGCUGGACAGAGAGGGGGUACUGAGUCCCGAACCUGACAACAGAUCAGUGUCUGCUGCCAUGAGACCCGAGCCCACUGAGUACGACAGGUCGUUCCAGUGUGUUCUCCUCCAGCCCCCCCCCCUGAAACGGAAGCCUUGUCUGUUUGUCUGGAGUCAGUUUGAAGAUCACAGCUUUCGUCUCUAUCAAGCAAACUGGCUCUGCAAGAUGGCCGACAGGCUGGAGAGUGGUCUUGAUGAGGUGGAACGUCUCCUGAGGAGGCCAAGGAGUAAGGCGAAGGAGCGUUUGGUUGAGGUGCUGUUGGAAGUACUGGCCUCCUGCAAACAGUUUAGUUUUGUCUCAGACAGGAGGUCUCAGUAUCGUCCCAACAACCUGGACAAAUGCAGGAAGGAGUUUAUCAAGAAGAAUUUGGUCGUGCUGGCCAGACAGGCAGUGAGGGCAAGGCGGAGGAUCACUAGGCGGACGGCCAAACAGCGGCUGAUGGAUAGCAGGAAACUCCUGAAGAAACUUCGCCUUCUGGCUAAAGAGCCCCAGAAUACCAUCCCGGAUGCGUUUCUAUGGUUACUGAGUGGAAGCAAGCGAUUGGCUUAUGUCAGGAUCCCCGCUCACUCCAUCCUGUUCUCAUUGGUGGAGGAGCAGAAGGGGCGGGACUGUGGCCAAAUCACCACCCUCUACAUGAAGUCUCCAGGAGGCUCAGCAAGUGAGAUCUUUGCGAAGCUGGAGGUGUACCUGUGGCUCGGUCUGGCCAAGUACAGUAAAGAGGCCAACAACUGCUUGCCGGAUGAGUUCCUUCCAGUCUAUGAGGAGGAGGAGGAGGAGCAGAGGAGGCUGGUCCCCAUGGAGAAGAAGAAGAUUCCUAUUAGUCUGUCCUGCCAGGACAGCAGGUAUUUCCAGCUACGAUGUCACUUGUACCAGGGGCGUGGCCUGAUGGCAGCCGAUGACGACGGCCUAUCAGAUCCCUUCGCCAAGGUCCUUUUCUCUAAUCAGUGCCAGGUCACCAGGGUGUUGUCUGAUACGCUCUCUCCAGCCUGGUGUGAGUGUCUGUUGUUCGACAGAGUCCUGCUGGAGGGAAUGAGGGAGGAUCUCCAACGAGACCCGCCCCUCGUCAUCAUCAACAUAUUUGACUACGACUCAAUGGGCAGUCCGAAGCCUCUGGGUCGGGCGUUUGCUGAACCGGAGUUUAAACUUGUGGAGCAAUUCUACCAGAAGCCCCGCCUCCGUUUCUAUGACAUCAGCAUGGGCAGGGCCCCUGCCGGCGAGCUGUUGGCGGCCUUCGAGCUCAUCGAGUUGGACUACUCUGGCUUUGGAGAGCCCUGCCUCCCCAGCAGUGUGGACCCUCAGGAGCUGGCCUACAUGGAGGAGCAGAGAUGUUACAUCAUCCCAGAUGGAGUUCGACCUGUUCUGAAGACCUUCAGGAUCGAGGUUCUGUUCUGGGGUCUGCGGGAGCUGAAGAGGGUGCAGCUGUUUGAGGUGGAGCGCCCCCUGGUGAGGGUGGAGUGUGCAGGACGACAGCUGGAGUCGGAAGAGAUCGAGAGCUACAAGACUCACUCCAACUUUAAAGAGCUGGUCCGCUACAUCGACGUGGAGCUGCCGGAGCAAUCCUACCUCCACCCUCCUCUGACAUUGUUUGUGGUGGAGCAUCGAGCCUUCGGUCGAAUCGCUCUGGUCGGGUCCCAUGUGGUUCAGAGCCUCAUGGACUAUGCCCCACCCGAGCUGGGGGUUGAGCAAGAGGAGGAAGAAGAGGAGCCUAAACCAAAAGUGAGACAGAAUUCAAUGAAGAUCAACACUCUGAAGUCAGUGAAGAAUAUCGGACUCAGCAGCCUGUCAAUCAAACAGUCAAAGAUUACCCUCAACCCCAUGAAGCUGGUUAAUGCUCCUCUGAAGAAGCUGAUGGAGAAGGGGGAGGAGCUAGAGGAGGAGCCCCCAGAGAAAGAGGAGUUGGACUGGUGGUCCAAAUACUACGCAUCACUGGAGGAGAUGGAGAGACAGGCUGCUGAGGAAGCGGAGAUGGAGGAACAAGCGGAGACAGAUGGGGCGAAUUUGACCAUGGCAAACAUCGAAGAGGAGGAGGAGGAAAUGGUGGUGGUUGAGACUGAGCCUCCCAAACGCAAGAUGAUCGCCACACUAAAGCUGUAUGGAGGUGAUCUGGAGUCAGAAUUCAGUCAGUUUCAGGACUGGCUGCAGAUCUUCCCACUGUAUAAAGGCAGAGCAAGUGCUGAGGACGAAGAGGAGGAUGAAGAGGAGAGGUUGAUGGGAAAGUACAAGGGCUCUUUCCUGGUUUAUCCAAUUGAUUCAGGAGACGAAGAAGACACCAAGUGUCAGAUCAUAAAUGGAAUCCCCAAAAAUUCAGCGAUCAAAGUCUUAGUCCGAGUCUACAUCGUCAAGGCCACCAGUCUGGCUCCCACAGACCCAAAUGGUAAAGCCGACCCCUACCUAGUGGUCCAUGUCGGACAACAGAGUCUAGACACCAAAGAUCGAUACAUCCCCAAGCAGCUCAACCCCACGUUUGGAGAAGUGUUUGAACUCACGGUGUCUUUCCCGCUGGAAACAGAGCUGGUUAUCACAGUGAUGGACCACGAUCUUGUGGGGUCUGACGAUGUCAUUGGCGAGACACGAGUUGACCUGGAGAACCGGUUCUACAGCCGCCACAGAGCCUGCUGUGGUCUGGCUCUUUACUAUGACACAGAUGGUUACAAUAUUUGGCGUGAUGCAAAGAAGCCGUCGGCCAUCUUGGCUGAGCUCUGCAGGAAGAACAGCAUCCCGUCUCCGGAGUACAGACCAUUUGAGGUCAAAGUCCUCAACAGGAUCUUCAAGAUCCCACCAGAGGCUGUACCUGAAGGUCUGCUGAAGAAGAACCAGCGAUCUCCAGAGGAGGAGGCAGAAAUGGAGGAGCAUGCAGCCUUGAGUGUGCUUCAGCGCUGGGGGGAGAUGAGCGAGUUCCUCCCUGCAGCCCUCCCUCUGGUCCCAGAACAUGUGGAGAUCCGAUCCCUGCUGAACCAGGACAAACCUGGACUGCCACAGGGUUACCUUCAUAUGUGGGUGGACAUGUUUCCUACUGAUGUCCCAGCCCCACCCCCUGUUGACAUAAAGCCCCGCAAACCUCAACAGUACGAGCUGCGUGUAAUCAUCUGGAACACGGACGACGUGUUUCUGGACGACGUCAACCCAUUCACCGGUGACCCGUCCUCGGACAUCUAUGUUAAAGGAUGGGUAAAGGGACUGGAAGGAGACAAACAGGAGACUGAUGUCCACUUCAACUCUCUGACUGGAGAAGGAAACUUCAACUGGAGAUUUGUGUUCCGCUUCGACUACCUUCCUACUGAGAAAGAGGUGGUGUAUAAGAAGAAGGAGUCCAUCUUCUCUUUGGAGGAGUCAGAGUAUCGACAGCCGGCUGUUCUGACGCUGCAGGUGUGGGACUACGACCGCAUCGCCGCCAACGACUUCCUGGGCUCCAUAGAGCUGCGUCUCAGUGACAUGGUGCGAGCAGCUAAGUCGUCCAGUAAGUGUACAAUUGAGAUGGCGAAGGAUCGGGCCGGCCCCCGAUUCUCCAUCUUUCGCGCCAAGAAGAUGAAGGGCUGGUGGCCGCUGACCCGCCUGAAGACGGCCGAGGACUUCGAGAGGGAGGAGAAGGAGAAGGAGGAGGCCAAGAAGAAGGGACACAAGAAGAAGAAGAGCAAGGACAAGAGGAGCAAGCUGAGACAGGAGGACAUCCAGUACACCGACAGCAGUGGCAACACUUUCCUGUUAAUGGGGAAGGUGGAGGCCGAGCUUCAGCUGGUGACAUUGGAGAAUGCGGAGGCCAACCCUGUGGGGCGGGCCCGCAAGGAGCCGGAGCCUCUGGACAAACCAAAUCGUCCCACCACCAGCUUCGCCUGGUUCGUCAACCCGAUGAAGACCUUCAUCUUCCUCAUCUGGAAGAAGUACAAGAAGUACAUCAUCGCCCUGGUUAUCCUGGCCAUCCUCACGCUCUUCCUCGUCCUCAUCCUCUACACGCUGCCGCAGCACAUCUCUGCCCUCAUCGUCAAAGGAUGAAGAACCCUGCGAGGAGUCUUCAUCACCUCACGCCGGAUGUGCCAGACUGUCUCAGGUUUUUGAUCCCGAACUGAAGCAGUUUACAACUAACUGACGUCUUAUUUACCCCUCAGCCUGAUUUCUGUGGAACUCAAUCAGUAAAGCUCACGAUUUAAUAUAUCCAACACGGACUGCGCUACAUUACCCAGCAUCCUUGUUGAUGUAAACACAACCGGGGUGAUGGGAGGAAUAAUCAGGAAACAGUUUUACUGUUGGCUUGAUCUGUCACCACAGAAAAUUACUGGACACCUAUUGCUUCAGGCUAAAUAUACAUAUAAAUGUUAUGUAAAUUAAAUAUUGUUAGACUGUAAAACUGUAUAGAAGCACUGGACAAUUUUACGGCACAUAAUCCAUGUGAUAAAUCAGCACUUUUCGUAAACUAAAACAUAACUCUAUUGUAUUGUCUAAUUUUGUUGAUUAAAAUAUAGUUGUGGUCGCAAGUUUUCAUUUUUUGAAAGCAAGUAAGUAAGUAAAACAAAUAGGUACAUUCAUUUUUUGUUUAAUUUUGGACUGACUCAGAAAUGAAGUUGAUAUUCUCAUGUGUACCAGCUUCAGAAUGAUCAAUCUGAACGUUAAAUGCUAUUUCUGAUACGUAAAUAAGUCAAUAAAUAUUAAUAUCAGUCAGAAUCGGUGAUUCUUUCCCUGUUUGCAGGCAGUGAAUGAACUGUGGAAAAAAAACCCAAAUUAUUAUUAAAAAAAAA